AAUCACCGAGCCGCUCUGGCUCCGCCCGCCACAUCACUAGCAUGGCGGCGUGUAGAGUAGGAAUUCCGCCUAUGCGACGGUGACAGCGUCGCGGUGAUGACCGUCCAACGGUAGUACAAGUCUGUUGCCCGGCGACCUAAACUCCCACUUGCCCUAAAGGUCAACUAACCAGGUGCGAGCAGCUCGGCAGCAGCCUGUCCAGAGCUGCCUCCGUGUCAGACUGGUCCAGACUGCGGAUGAAGCCAAGUUUGUGCCCUGAUGCUCUGAGCUGGACCGGUGCCUUCACUCCACUCCAAGUUCCCGCUGGGAAGCUCGUUACUGCUGAAUUGUUCUAGAAAGAAGAUGGAUCUUCUCGGUGUGCUGCAUUUCGACCAGCUGGCUCAUGGACUGGCAAACUUGUCCAUGUUUCCUUACUUUGACAUGGCGCAUUAUAUCGUGUCAGUCAUGGCUCUGAGGGAGCAGCCAGGAGUUCUCCAGGUAUCCAGAGUCAGCCCAUUAGCCUGCUGGUUCAGCUCCAUGCUGUUCUGUUUUGGGGGAGCAGUGCUUUCGGGGAUCAUGCUGGCAGAGCCACCGGUCGCACCUUUGUCCAACAGCACCAGUGUUCUGCUCGCUUCGGUCAUAUGGUACCUGGUGUUUUACUGCCCCAUGGACCUGGUGUACGGUUAUGCCUCCCUACUGCCCCUCAGGCUGGUGCUGUCAGGAAUGAAGGAAGUGACGAGGACAUGGAAGGUCCUCGGGGGGGUCACUCAAGCGCACAGCAAAUACAAGGACGGCCUUCUCGUCAUGAUUGCUAUCGGAUGGGCUAGAGGUGCUGGAGGUGGUCUGAUAAGUAAUUUUGAGCAGCUUGUUCGAGGAGUGUGGAAACCAGAGACAAAUGAGCUCCUCAAAAUGUCUUACCCCACAAAGAUCACCCUGAUAGGGGCGGUGCUGUUUGCUCUGCAGCAGACACACUACCUGCCUCUCCAGAAGCACCACCUGAUGUUCGUUUACACCGUCUUUAUUGUCGUUAACAAGUCAAGGAUGAUGCUGACAGGCUCCUCCACCUCACCCUUCGCCACCAUUGAGUCAGCCCUCUAUAAGACCCUCUUUACUGGCUACUCCCCUUACGCUGCCCUCACCAGUGAGGUAAAGAGUGCAUGUAUCGACAGUGGCGCAAUAAACAAGACAACCUCCGCCGCUGCCACCACCACCAAAGAGUCCAGUGAGAAUGGCUCGCCAGGACAGCAAGCCCCGAUUUCUCCUGUGAAGGGACAGAGGGGCUCGCUCGAAGCCAAAGAGGAGUCACAGAACGCAGCGACAACAGACUGCAAAAAGACCAACUAGUCAGCCUUUGCCCUGCAGCGCCUUUUCACCUCUAAGCAGGGUUGGAGUCAUUUAUGAUUCAGACCUGUCAAAUCGGGAGUUUGCUUAAACUUUAUUUUCCAUUUUGUCUUUCAGGGAGAAACAUGCUUUUUGUCCUACAGGCUUAAAAGGCCAUCUCUUUAAAACAAUUCCUUUUGCAUUUCUUAGAAAGCGAUUUCAAGCUGGCCGCCGGAAAGGAAUUUCAAUAAAAGCCGACUCCCAACGAGCCCUGCACCUUAUUCUGGGAUAAUCACCACAUCCUUAAAGUACUGUAAUGCUGUUCAUGCUGUUGAAUAUGAAAUCAAACUUUCUCUGGGCUGUAGCUUAAUUUUUCAAAUAUAUUUAUAAUGGGAACAACCAGUUUAUUUCUGGGGUUUGGGGACCAGUGCCGUGCACCUGCUGAUCUAUGAAUGUAUCGUUUUUCUCUCUGUAUAUAAUUCUGCUUAAUGUAGAUGGUAAAUUUCUUACUCUGAAGUGGUUACAUUUUUUAAAAUAAUGAAAUUAUAUUCUAGCAUAUCCAGAGAUUUUAUUUUAUUUAUACAUAAUAAUUUCUCUUUUGAAAUGGAGCACAGUUGUAUUCAGUUUCUUUGGUGAAUGCUUUGAAUGGCAAUUGAACGCAUGAGAAUAAACAGG